GAUCAAUCAAAGACGUCCUCACAAAUUCGGAAGGAAAGCUUUUGCACAAAAACAAAAACAAAACCCAAAAAACCAACGUUUUUUUUUCUCUCUCUUCAUCCUUUCUCUCUCUUGAUCCAUGCUUCCCGACCCAGAAAACCACAAUAGAUUGUUUGGUUGAGAUCUGAAAUUAAUUAAUCAAAAAAGGGGGGAAGAGGAAGGAAAGAUUGCCCAUUUUUCGAUUUCGUCGAAUCUCCAAUGCGGUCUUCGCGAAGGCCCAGAAGAAAGAGCAAAGAUUUGAGCAGGAGGAGCGGCAGAUCUGAGUUGGGCAGCGUCGAAUCUCGUUGUGGUUGGGGAUUUGGAGUCGCGUUUGGCGGGUUUGGAUCUAAUGGUGAGGUGGGCAUGGGCGGCGGUGGCAUUGAGUGGCGGUAGGUCGGGCGGUGCUAUUGAGUUGCAGAAGAAUAAGGAGGAGGGGCUGCAUAGACGACGAUGCAGCUUCACUUCUCGCCUAGUAUGAGAAGCAUAACGAUCUCGAGCAGCAAUGGGUUUAUUGACUUGAUGAAGAUCAAGGUCGGAGCUCGCCACAUCUCUUAUCGAACGGUUUUCCACACCAUUCUAAUCCUCGCUUUCUUAUUGCCUUUCGUCUUCAUUCUCACUGCUGUUGUUACUCUUGAAGGUGUCAACAAGUGCUCCUCAUUUGACUGUUUAGGUAGGCGCUUGGGACCAAGGCUUCUGGGUAGGGUUGAUGAUUCAGCGCAGAGACUGGUUAGAGACUUUUACAAGGUUCUAAACCAAGUGAACACUGAAGAAAUCCCGGCUGGUCUAAAACUUCCAGAUUCAUUUAAUCAACUUGUUUCUGAAAUGAAGAACAACCAGUAUGAUGCAAGGACCUUUGCUUUCAUGUUAAGAGCAAUGAUGGAGAAUUUUGAAAAGGAAGUCAGAGAGUCUAAGUUUUCAGAGUUGAUGAACAAACACUAUGCAGCAAGUUCUGUGCCCAAAAGUAUUCACUGUCUGUCUCUGCGUUUGACUGAUGAAUAUUCAUCCAAUGCUCAUGCACGCAAACAAUUGCCUCCUCCAGAAUUACUGCCAUUGCUCUCUGACAAUUCCUAUCACCACUUUAUUCUAUCAACUGAUAACAUUCUGGCUGCUUCAGUUGUUGUUGCUUCUGCUGUCCAGUCAUCUCUACAACCUGAAAAGAUAGUCUUCCAUGUCAUUACUGACAAGAAAACCUACGCGGGUAUGCACUCAUGGUUUGCACUCAACCCUGUGUCCCCUGCUAUUGUUGAAGUGAAAGGUGUGCACCAAUUUGAUUGGUUAACAAGAGAAAAUGUUCCAGUCCUUGAAGCCGUAGAAAACCAAUAUGGAAUCAGGAAUUAUUACCACGGGAAUCAUAUUUCAGGGGCCAAUCUUAGUGCUACAACUCCACGGACAUUUGCAUCAAAAUUGCAGGCUAGAAGUCCAAAAUACAUAUCCUUACUCAACCAUCUCCGGAUUUAUAUUCCUGAGCUAUUUCCCAACCUUGAUAAGGUGGUUUUCCUAGACGAUGAUGUUGUGAUUCAACGAGAUUUAUCACCACUUUGGGAAAUUGACCUUGGAGGAAAGGUCAACGGAGCUGUUGAAACUUGUAGAGGUGAAGAUGAGUGGGUGAUGUCCAAGCGAUUCCGGAACUACUUCAAUUUUUCCCAUCCCCUCGUAUCAAAGAAUUUGGACCCUGAAGAAUGUGCAUGGGCUUAUGGGAUGAAUAUUUUUGAUCUCAAUGCCUGGAGAAAAACAAAUAUUAGAGAGACUUACCAUUCCUGGGUGAAAGAGAAUCUGAAGUCGAAUCUGACAAUAUGGAAGCUUGGGACCCUACCACCUGCUUUAAUUGCAUUUAGAGGUCAUGUUCACGCAAUUGAUCCAAAGUGGCACAUGCUUGGGUUGGGUUAUCAAAGUAAGACCGAUAUUGAAUCUGUGUCAAGGGCUGCAGUUAUACACUAUAAUGGUCAGUCAAAACCAUGGUUGCAGAUUGGCUUUGAGCAUCUUCGGCCAUUUUGGACCAAGUAUAUCAACUACUCGAAUGACUUUGUAAGGAACUGCCACAUCUUGGAGUCAUAGCGGUUGUCUAGAGGUGCUCAAACAGGAGAUAGAACAAGAAAAGACAUGAUUAUAUGGUAUUCAUGAAGUUUUUUUUGCAGCUCGAAAUUUUUCGAGAUAUAUUUGAGGAGACAAGCAGAAAAUUCACCGUUGGGGUAGAACUUCCCAGUUCCGGAAUCAAUUUCAUCCCCUGAAAUUCUGCAGACAACAACCAGCAUCCUCAUUAUAACAGCAUGAGAUUCAUUCUUUCAUUCUGUAACAUAGCAAUCUGUCCUCAUUUUUUGGUUCGGAGAAAGGAUAGUAUUAUUGGUCUUCGUGGCGGGGGGUUUUGCUUGAUUUCUUUGCACACAUGAGAAUAAAGUGAAAUUCAGACGACAAGGUGCCUUAUGUCAAUAGCAUCAUACUGGUUGGUGUAGGGAAGGGAAAGGCUAGGACAGGUCUUUUGUGAGGCUCUCCCAUUAGCCCAGAUAUGUUUCUUUUCGCUCCAUUUUUUUUCCUUCGAAAAUAUUCUCUCGUAUUCAUUUUUGUUAGUAGCCAUUUCUUCCCCCCUGUUUAUUUGAUAUCACGAUGUUGAACUUUAGGAGUAGGACAUGGAGAUUGCUCUGUUACAGGUCCCAUUGAAUUGGGGAGCUGUUUUUAGGUACAUCGAUAUCGGUAUUUGUUUAUGUACUGUUCACGAUAGACAUUUAAAAUGUGCACAUAAAUUCUUUUUUCCCGGAUUC